AUGACGCUUCAGACUGCAUUAGCGAGCCAUCCUUCCGACCAAAGCAUUCUUGAUAUUGAACUUGACAAGGUGCAGGCCGGCCUACGCAUGGCCAAUAUCUGUAUUUCGGUGUCCCAGGUCGUAGACACACGCACUCUGAGAGAGCUUGAAGCUCACGGCCGGGCACUAUGGAACUUGUGUGUCAGACAAAGGCGUGAUCUGACCAAGGAACUCUCGACAAGCUACAUGAAGAGACUUGUUCUGCACUCCUGGCUCCUGGCCUUUCUGCUCUUCCAUAUGAGCCGACUGGGAUUGGCUACAGGUAGAGACAGUGUCGCCGAAGCAGAGUACUUGUUACGACUCAUUUUGACGCUCACAACUGCCAGCAUCAACGAUUCUGAAGUCGGUGUUGCGAAGCUCGCUUUGCAGAGAGGUGCUUCCUUUGUAAAUACCCUUGAGUCUGCGCCAAGCAGGCAGAACUGCCAGUGUGCAAAAGCAACGCAACUUAGAGCUACGUAUUAUUCACUGAGAAUAUUGUUAUCGUGGCGAGAAAACCGUUUGGAUGUGGCCGAGCAUAUGUUCCGCAAACUCGAUCCGAUUCAGCCAGAUCUUGAUGACAGUGCAGUCGAAAGCCUGGCGGACGUUCUUCAAAAAGUUGGCACAGGCUUGCUUUCCGAGAACAACCUGGAACUGGGGGUCACUUGGCUUAAAAGGGCACACCAUCUACUCAGCACUCAGAUCGGCAUUUUCUCCCCAAAGACCAAGCGUCUAUAUCUCGCCGUAUGCAAUGAUAUAAUAAAACUCGCUCUACAAAGUAAUUUGCAUGAAGAUAUAGCGGAGGUCGAAAAUAUGUUAGAUCAUGCUUCCUCGCGAGUUGGAGAUCAUCCGGUCCUUCUGCACUGGAAGUUGAUGGUGUUGGAUACCACUGAAGGGCAUGACUGUCCAGGAGAGGCUCGUGCCGACAUCAUGCGGCGAAUGAUUUCAUCACCGGAGCUUUCAGAAACUACACUUCACCUAGCGCCUGCUCACCUGGCAAAAGUCAGAGAUGAAUGUUCCUCAGAACUUCUCGACGAGUUACUAUUCCGACACGCACUCCCGAGCGAGAACGCAAUUAUGCUCGGCAAGGUUGUCUAUCUGCGGAUAUGGACAGCAUUAAAUAUAUCCAGUAGUGACGACGAACAUCGCAAACUAGGUCAUAUCGUCGAAAACGUUUAUCAGUCGAUUCAGGCACCCCUGUCAUUGGCGGAAGUGGAAGCUUGCCAGGCGCCAGUGGAAGAACAACGAGCAAACGAACAAUUCCCGACCUCCGAAUUGGACUGGUUCCACAAGAAUGCUUACAAUAUAGCCAUCUUGAAUUGCCACGAAUGGGAAGAGGGCAAUGUCAUCCGGCUUGCGAGCGCAUGCAUAUCCUUUGUAUCAUGCUACCCAUCCACAAUAUCGGCUCUCCAAGCCGACGAACUAGUUGCAACUCUACUAAGAAGCCAUUUCCUCAUCUCAGUCUGCCUAUUGAAAGAGGCACGGCGCCUCGAAGAUAUGCCUGAAAGGCACCGCUGCUACGCAGCAAUCCGACACCACACAGCAGAGUACAGAGACAUCUUGAACGGCACCACAAUGCCAGAUGUUAUCACACAUCAGGAUCUAGCUGGCAAGAUGACCACCCUCCUAGUCUACGACUUCGAAGCGGCAGUAUCGCUUCGUCAAUUCGAAGAUCUUGAAGAAAUCACAGGCAUUGUCAAACAGCACGAAGAUGUACAAGCACUCAAGAGCCUAGGCGAUGUCCUGUUGCAAGACCCCAUCCCAGCACAAGGUAAUAAACCCUCCAGACCCCAAUUCUUCAGAUUCUCCAAAAGAUCUGACAAGCCAGUCCUCACCACGACGCUCAGAACAAUCAUCAACGAAAUCCACAGCCUCGAACAAUUCAACUCCGCAAAGUUUUGCAAAUAUCUGCGCGUCAUCUUUCAAGCCACCGUUUCUGUCAACGACACCGCGGCACUCGAAAUCAUCGGUCAAAUAAUGCAAACUGCCCGCGAAAGCCGCAAUGCGGGUGCUUCGUUACCUCGGACGGACCUGGAGUGGAUAGCCGCCACGACGUUCAACCAUGGGAUUGAUUACUAUGCUUGCUCAGAGGACAUCCGCUGCAAAUUCUGGGCUGCCAAGGCCAUGGAACUGGCCGAAUACCUCGAUGAUGGGGGAGUGAUGGCGAAGACCUUGAGGGAUAGGUUUGGCCAAUUACGCUUUGAAAAUGAAAAGUGUUCCAGAACAGAGGGAUAA